GCUGCUACUACUGCUACUACUCCUACUAUUCCUACUACUGCUACGACUACUAUCGAUCCUGAUUACUGCCACAGGCUGCAUAUGAGUGCCUCGGGAGCCUUCUACCAGAAUAAUGCUCCCCAGUAGCCCAUUGCAGUCCCGUCGCCGCUUACGUGCUCCUUCUUGUCUUCCCGAAGUCACUGCAUAGCUGCAGCCGCCGUCCUGCCGCCGUAGGCCCAAGCCACAGGCGUGUAAACCUGCUGCACUCGGAGGCAAAGUCUACUACCUCCUACUGACUCCAUAACGACCACCUAAUCCCGCUCCUACUCCUACCACCUAUUACUAUUACUAUCACUUUGCUACCACCACCAUCAUCACCACCACUACUACUACCGCUGCCACUGCGACUGCGACUGCGACUGGCAUUCUCAUCACUCCACGGGGCCAUCAGUGCCAAAAUCAGGGGGAGAGAGGUGGCGCUGCAUGACCGUCGAUGCCAUGGCCGACGAUGAACGCAACACCGCUUAUCGAUCGUCGCCGCCGAGUAACUGGAACCACUUCCCCAUCCAUCCUCAUUCCCAUCACGGAACUCCAGCGCAGGAAUACCAAGGGUUCAGUUUUGCGUCGCCCCAAUUACCGAUGGAGCCCAGCGCGUUCGCCAGCGGCGUGCAACAACGAUCGAUGCACCAUCACUUGCAGCCGCUGGUGAUGCCCCAGUGGCCAUCGAUGCUCAGCAGCCAGGCGCACGCGCCGUACCAGUCCAUGUAUCAGCAACCGAUGCAGACCAUGCAUCCGGUGUCCACCGGCCCACUCAUGACCCCCCUUUCAGCAACAUCAACGAAGUCGACCUCGACGCCGCGCAAGACCCUGACUGAUCUGGAUCGGAAACGAAUGUGUCAAUAUGCUGAAGAGCAUCCCAAUAGCAAGCAGACCGAGAUUGGAGCCAUUUUUGGGGUCGAACGGAGUACUGUGUCCAAAGUGUUGCGGCAAAAGGAGAAAUUCCUCUUCCAGGACGACGGUAGUCGAUCACCCGUCAAACGCGCAAAAGGACGAUCCCCUGACAUCGAACGAGCACUUGCGGUCUGGGCGAAGAAUCAGGAGAAGAAAGGGAAUCCUCUAUCGGACGACCUCAUCCGAGCUCAAGCGCGGGCUUUUGCGGCCACGACCAGCUCCCCCGAUCAUCUGGUCUCGUUGAGCUCGAGCUGGAUCGGAAAGUUCAAGCUGAAGAACAAUCUGCUGGGUGCACGAUCUCGUAAAACAUCACUUGUGCCUGACGAUCCUGAUCACCCAGCUGCAGCUUCCUCCUCUUCACACACUCCAGGGGACCUUUCGCCCACGUCACCGUCAGCACCCGGCUCUCCAUCGCCCAUCGAUUUACAAAGCGCACAGAGCUACGAGAGCCAGAAGCGCGGGAGUCCAGACGACUAUUUCGACUUUGCUAGCAACAGAAACGGGCCGCACCACGCACAGAGCACGACGUCGCUCCACAGCGCAUACACGGAGAACGGACCAUCAUCGUUCUCGCCCGGUCCUCUGAGUCCUACCACAUCUCCCUUCUUCACGCCCGAUUCAGGGACAGCACCUUCGCCAUUCGUACCACCGUCAUUGCAGGCACGUCCCAUCUUGGUUGGGCCGUCGAGUGCCGCCAACUCCCAUCGACCGCGUAGUCAGACUUUCCCCUGUCUGGAACCAGCUUACGUGUCCAGUUCAGGGGACGCAACGACUCCCAAAUACAGUACCAGCUCGGACUUGAAUGCAUCCACGCAAGGUCCACUCGACGCAUUGACGAGUCUCGACGAAGCAAUGAGCAUGCACGAUUCGGAGAGUCGUCCGCCGACCGUCACGCCGUUGGACACCAUGCGACCGCCUCCACUGCCCGCGCAUGCAGCGCGACGCGAAUCGGGGCUGGCACCAGGAUUAGCGCAAGGAAUCACCCCGGAAGAGGCCAGGCAGGCACUGCGGGUGGUUCUGCGCUUCAUCGAACAGCAUGGCGUGGUGGACUACCACGAAACUUUGACCAUGGGGACAUUAAUGGAGAAGCUCAAGCUGCAGCAGCCGCCCGCGCGCGCGCACAGCUAGCUAGCUAGCUAGCUGAUGAUGAUGAUGAUACAUACCCUAUUUGAUACCACCACACCUAGUGUGUGCUUUGAGCUUUGAUAUGAGCCAUUCUCAUUCUAUUACUUGGAGAUCUUGUUCAAACCGUACCUUAUAUUGCUUCUUUGGGCAGGGAAAAGGGGGUGGGCAGGGAAGGGGAAAACAAAAGAGCUGUUAUUACCUACCGCUCGUGUCUGCGGCGGAAUUGGGAAGGAAGGGGGGGAAAAGGGGUUGGGGGAUAUAAAUACUAAGAGGUAGGUACUACUGCAUGAACGUGGGACAUCCUUUGAGCACAGAAACGAUGAUUUGCAUUUGAGUAGGUGGGAAAGAAUUUCAGGAGGUACAUGACAUGUACCUUUUAGACGGUUUGCAAAGGUCCGCUCACGCGGCGAG